CCCGCCCGAUGGAGCCGUCCACCCCGAGCGGACCGGUGGAUGGGUGGGACCGGACCUCUCCUCCAGGUCCGGCGGGACCGGAGCCGGAGUGGCCCCCGGGGCCGCCCCUGGGCGUGGAGAACGUGGUGACCCUGGUCGUCUUCGCCAUCAUCUUCGCCCUGGGCGCGCUGGGCAACGGGCUGGUCAUCGCCGUGCUGGCUCGCCGCCGGCCGGGCUCGGCGCGAAGCCCCACCAACGUGUUCAUCCUCAACCUGAGCGUGGCCGACCUGGCCUACCUGCUCUUCUGCGUGCCCUUCCAGGCCACGGUCUACGCCCUGCCCAGCUGGGUGCUGGGCUCCUUCCUUUGCAAGUUCACGCACUACCUCUUCACCGUGUCCAUGCUGGUCAGCAUCUUCACGCUGUCGGCCAUGGCCGUGGACCGCUACGUGGCCAUCGUCCACGCCCGCCGCUCGCCGGUCCUGCGCGUUGCGCGCAAUGCCCUGCGCGGCGUGGGCCUCAUCUGGGCUCUGGCCCUGAUCCUGGCCGCCCCGGUGGCGCAAAACCAGCGCCUGGUGUACAGCGCGCUGGGCAACCUGACCUUCUGCUGGGAGCUGUGGGCCGAGCCGGGCCACAAGCGCCUCUACGUCGUGGCCACCUUCGUCCUGGGCUACCUGCUGCCGCUGCUUAUCAUCUGCUGCUGCUACGCCAAGGUCCUUAACCAUUUGCACAAAAAGUUGAAAAACAUGUCAAAGAAGUCCGAAGCAUCCAAGAAAAAGACGGCUCAGACGGUCCUGGUGGUGGUUGUGGUUUUUGGCAUCUCCUGGUUGCCGCAUCACGUGAUUCACCUGUGGGCAGAGUUUGGGGUCUUCCCGCUGACCCCGGCCUCGUUCCUCUUCAGGAUCACGGCGCACUGCCUGGCCUACAGCAACUCCUCCGUCAACCCCAUCAUCUACGCCUUCCUCUCGGAGAACUUCCGCCAGGCCUACAGGCAGGUGUUCCGGUGCCAGCUGGGCAGCCCCACGCCCCUGCGCGAGGCCAAGGACAACCGAAGCCGCCAGGACACACCGCCCUCCACCAACUGCACCCAUGUGUGAAACCCCACCGUGCCGGCCUGGAUCUUCCCAGUCCAAGGCCUGCCCCACUCCACCACCCUGGCCCCGGCCCUGUCCCCGGCUGCCUUCCUUGGUGCCCGGCCCGGUCUGAGAUUGCUACACCUGCUUGGGCCCCCUUGCACUGGUGACUUGCUCCUUUCCCGCACUACAACAGGGACUUAUCCUUCUCGCUCCCAACUGCACUAGCACUAGUUACUUGGGCUCCCCUCGUCGCCAACCCUGUCCUCCCACUGCACUGGCUACUGGUCUCCAGAUUUUCAGGCCUCUCCACUCCAGGGCUCCAUGGCAGCAAAGUGGUCCUAUCCAGGGGCCUCAUUGAGCCCUCCUAGCCCCCAGUGCCCAGAAAAGUGUCUGUCUGAGAAACUGCCACCUGAGCCCAAACUGCCCUCGAUCCAGGGUACGCUGAGCUCCAGAUGGUUUCCUGGGACUCUCCACCCUGGGGUCACUGGCUCACACCUUGUCCUGACCCGAGCACUUUUUUGGUUUUCCAACAGAUGUAACCUCCAGAGGGAGUGGAAGUUGGGCUCAGAGGAGACUCUGGUUCAGAGACCGUGAUCCAGAUCCACUCUUCCUGCCCCCCUCAUGGAUGGAUUGGGGGAGGUCUCUAGUCUACAUCCCCAGUUCCCAGCAGGUGUGUGGGGCAAAUUGAAGAGUUGGUCAGUGAUAGGCUGGAGAUGGGGGAUGAAGAGUCCCUAGGCUGGACUGUUCAUCCUCCCUCUCCACUACUGCUGGAGGAAGCAGGUCCAGCCCAGGCCUGAGAGAGCAGGGGCCACCAGGCAAGGUUGCUACAGGGGGUCUGUGAUGCAUCUCUACCUGGUUUGGGGAUGACCGUCCAGCCCAAGCAUUCGGUGGCUGUCCGACCCGAGGUUCGUCAGGAACCAGCCUCACCUGCCUGGCUCAGAGUGGGGGUCCCUCUGCCCAGCUUCCGCCUGGGGGGCUUUUUCAGAAAGCUGCUGCCCUGGACUUUUGGACAACAACCAGAGCCAGUCCAGAGAAAGGGUGUGGGUGGGCCCAAAUGGGGGUAGGCACUAGCCAGCACCACCUGGGAUGUUUUCUGAGGUGUCUCUAGCCUGGGCCAAUUCAAAACUACAUGAAUACACCGAUAUUUAAAUAGGAAACAUGGUGUCGUGUGGUUCCCUGGACCAGCCGCUUCCAAACUCAACUGAUUGGAGCCAGAGCAAGGUCUCAGUCCCAGGCAAGGUUAUGAAAUCUACCAUGCAGGGGCAUGAGUUGAAAGCAGCUUGUCUUUGUAGCCUGCAGCAUGCAGGCCUGGUAUGGUUUACAGGGGGCUUCUGCUCAAAUGGAGUCUUGGCCAGGGCCUAGCCCAGCCUCCUUGACCUUCACCCUACUUGCCAGCCAGAGAGCUCCUGAUCUUUGAUCUGAAUAUCCUGGUUCCUGUCCCAGUAGUGGGGAGAUGGAAUCCCUGUCCUGGACAUGGACCCUGCUUAACUGUCAGCUGGGCACACCCUAGAUCCUGGAGUCCUGGCUCUGACAGAGGAAGAAUACCACCACAAUAAAGCUAGAAUCCCGUCCACAAUGGAACUAGGAACCUGGAUCCCUGAUUGGGUUGAAACUGGAGUCCUCUCUGCAAUAGAGCUGGGAUCCUGGAGUUCUCUCUAUGAUGGAGCUGGGGCUCUGGGGUCCUGUCUGCAAGGGAGCCGGAACCCUGGAGUCCUGUCAUGUCGGAGCCGGCUCUUCCCGUCAGUGGUGAGGAUAAUGGCAGCCUCCGGGUGGCUUUGCUAGAGACUGAGGAGCCAGAAGUCGUGCUUUGGCCCUCAGCUUGCCCAGCAGGCCAGACAGUCUUCCCCCUAGCCUGGCUCUGGGCUCUGUCUGGAUCUCUGGAUCUCUGGACUGGGAGUCAGUCAGUCAAUUGUUUUUAUUUAGCACUCAUUGUGUGCAGAGCACUGUUCUAAGGGCUUGGGAGAGUACAAUAACAAUAAACAGCUCGCAUUGCGAGCUUACAGUCUAGAGGGAAUCUAUGGACUUCCCCAUUUCCAGCCUGUGGCACACAUCUUGCUCCAUUCGGGGUUGGCUGGCUCCACACCCGCCUACCCCCAUCUCCGGUGGGAGCCACUCACUCUGAUGAAGUUGGUUUUGGGGAAGAGCAAUUCUGGAUUCACCUUGUCCAAACCUUUACCUAGCUUUAUCCUGACCCCUCUCAGCCUUUUUCUUUCUAGGCUGAAAAGUCCUGGUCUUUCGAUCUAUUCUCUUUCAGGAUCUGCUCCAUCCCCCUGCUCAUCCUGGUUUCCCUUCUCUAGUUCUACCACAUUUGGGCCCUUUCCUGAGGGUUCAGGGAUCAGGACCCUUUGGAUGUGCAGUAUCGGAGCAGAAAAUGUUCUUUCUGUCUUGAGGUGGAUCUGGGGUCCAAUUUGUGAAUUUGGGGGAUCUUCAGAGGUCCGACUGAGUUGCUGGUGUUAUUUAAUGUUGGAUUCUGAAAUUUAACUCUAAGAGGCAAUGGAAAGCCCAUGAGGCUGGAAUCAACUGAGAGGCAGCAUGACCUAGUGGAUAGAACAUGGGCUUGGGAGCC